AUUAAGAAGAAACGUCAAACUUUGACUUUAUGUCAAAUUGACGUCUUCCUCACCCGACUUUCAGGUUUGAACCUCAGAUUAAGACACUUACUGAUUGAUCCUGAUCAAAAUGUCCGAAGCCAAACCCAGAAACAUCGUGGAGCAAUUCUUCAAGACCGUGGGCAACAUGUUGGAGGCCCCCGUGGUAUGGGUUCGAGAAAAAGUAGUAGAACCCAACCAACAGCAGCCCGCCUGGUACCACCAGAAAUUCCGCCGAGUGCCCACCAUUGACGAAUGUUACACCGACGAUGUGGUGUGCAAGUUUGAGGCCGACGCCCAAUACAAACGAGACAAGUUGGUGGACACGGAAAUUCUGGCAAUUUUACGGGGCAGAUUCGAGGACUGCACUUUGCACGAAGCGCCUGAUCAUAUUGAAAAGUGUACCCCGUUGCUGGAGCAGUACGAAGAAGCUUCAGCCAAUUGGUUUACCAAGUACGGUGAUUUGGGGUCGUACCAUACGGCUGAGACUGCUUACAUGAAGCAAAAGCACAGGUUGGUCUGGGAGCGUCGAUAUGGCCCAGUUGGAAGCGGCAUGAAUGGAAGAGUUGAUGAAGAAGAAUGUAUUGAAGAAGAAUUGGAACAACCCAAGUAAUU